AUGAUUGGAAUUUAUGGAAUCGGUGGAAUUGGUAAAACAACUUUAGCUCAUGCUGUGUAUAAUUUUAUUGUUGACCGGUUUGAAGGUUCUUGUUUUCUUGCUGAUGUUAGAGAAAAUUCAAUCAAACAUAGAUUGGAACAUCUGCAGGAGUCAAUUCUUUUUAAUAUACUAGGCAAGAAGAAUAUCAAGCUUCGUGAUUCCCACAAGGGAAUUCCAAUCCUUAUAAAGAAGUUGUAUUGCAAGAAGGUUCUUUUGAUACUUGAUGAUGUGGACAAAUUAGAACAAUUGAAGAAAUUACCAGGAGACUAUGAUUUGUUUAUUUCAGGAAGUGCAAUUAUCAUAACUACUAGGGACAGACAUAUUUUGACUGCUCAUGGAGUUGAAAAAAUAUAUGAGGUGCCAAAAUUUAGUCAUAAUGAAGCUCUUGAACUCUUACAAGAGCAUGCAUCUAAAAAAGGGAAAACAUAUCAAUGUUAUGUGGAAGUCUGGAAAUGUGCAACUUUUUAUGCUGAUGACCUUCCAUUAGCUUUGAAUGUUAUUGGUUCUUAUUUAUUAGGUAAGUCAGCUGCUGAAUGGGAGGUUGCAGUGGAUAGAUAUGAAAAGGUUCCUAAUGAAGAUAUCAUGAAUAUCCUUAGAGUGAGCUUUAAUAGUCUAAACCCAAGUAAGAGCAAGUUUUCCUUGACAUUUCAUGUAUCUUCAUCGGAGAGGAGUUGGCAUAUGUAG